AUGGUUGUGGUCGGAAUAAAUUCUAGAAACAAAACGACUCCAGAAAUUAAUGAUGCUGAAAAGAUGGAGAAUCCGAAAUGGACGAUCAAGCAGAAAUGCGUUGAGUGCUUCAAAGGACCCAGGAACUUUAUCAAGACACUGAUUAUGAUUAUCUGUGUAGCGGCUGUAUGUCAGCAAAUAUCAGCAUGUGUUAGGAAAAUGAUUGACAUUCCGGUGACAACUUACACGCAUUUCGACUUUAACAAGACACUUUUAUACCCUAGCGUCACAUUUUGCAGAGACCCACCGUACAAGUUUGGUAAAAUGCAUGAUUACGAUCUGUAUGGCCAUCCAUUUUAUGUAAAUGCCUGGGAAAACUUUAACUUUGCCAAUAACAGCCUGGACCAUUUAUGGGAAGAUAUAACAUUCAACGAAACAGACAUAUUUUUAGCUGCUGGUCUCGAUGGACUUCCAAAAAACAUAGAAAUUUCACCGACUAUGGGCAUUGCCCAAGGUCGCUGCUACACUUUGAUCCCUAAGAUCCUAAGUACCGAAACACCCAGCCAUAGGGGAUAUUCAGUGACUCUGCAGCACACGCAAGAGGAUAUAGACACCACUAUCAGUCGAAUACCACCCGGGUAUCAUGUAUACAUACAUUAUACAAAAGAGCCUUUUACUGAGGUAACCGUCUACAAUGGUGGACUUGUAGACAGUUUAUAUGUGAAUGUUGGUGAAACGCUGAAGGUCAAGUUAAAGGUGGACAAAUAUCUAAUGAUAAGCGAUGCGGAUAACCCUUGCACAACGGAGGUUAACUAUAGUACAAAUGCUUGCACUACACGGUACGUGUGGGAUCUAGUCGGUAAAGCGGCUGGAUGUUCAGGACCGUGGAUGCAGAGCGAUCUGCCCAGGUGCAGUAACUACAGCAGUAUGAAGACGCUUAUCUCUACAUAUUUGGGGUUGUAUCAAGCUCACAAAUGCCCAGAAUGCCUGCGUACCUGUCAAACUUAUCUUUACAACGGCUACGUGGCCGACAGGCAGAAACAGUACACCUGGGACCCACACACUUCUAAGUUAGUGAACUUACGUGAUUACAAGGCGGACUCCUCCUUGCAGACACAAGUAUUCUUGUACUUCAAUAGUAUGAUGGUGUCGGUGUACGAAGAACGGUACAAUUAUGAUGGAAAUAUGUUACUUUCUGACAUUGGAGGCAGCGUGGGUUUCCUUCUAGGCCUUUCUGUAAUAGGACUUCUGGAUGUAUGUAGCAAAACUUGGUUCAUAUUUGUGGAUCCUUUAAUGGAAAGUAAGAAGAAGGAGGAAGUUGAUCCGUCGUGUGACACUGCCGAUUUAAAGAGUAAACAGGAAUGCAUUGAGAAAUGGAACCUUAAGACUAAUAACUGA